AAACUACAGUUCCCAUCAAUCAAUGCGGGUCCAACUUACGGGUUUAAACUACAAUUCCCAUCAAGCAACAUCAACCAAGAGCAACAUGGCAGGCAUCGGGAGUUUCUUGAGGAACGCUUGGAACAAGGAGCCAGUUGUGACAGUCGCCUGUGGAAUCGGGCUCCUGUCUCUCAUUAUGCCACUGGUCAGCCCCUAUACUAAGUACUCAGCGAUGAUAAACAAAGCAACCCCUUACAAUUAUCCAGUUCCUGUGCGAGAUAAUGGAAACAUGCCAGAUGUCCCAGCCCAUCCGUGUGACCCUCAGGGCACAAACCUGGACUGGCUGAAAAACCUGUGAGGAAUCACUCAGAAUUCUACUGCUGUACAGACCACAUCCCGUUCUCCCAUCACUUUAUCUCUUCUUUUGACUAAAUGAUUAGAAAUAAAUAUCCUUUGUUUAAAAACA